AUGCUGCACCCGGGCCGCCCAUGGCCGCCGCCGCCCGCCCGCGCCAUGCAGCAGCCGCCGCCGCGCGGCCCGGCGGGGGACGGCGCCCAGCGCCCGCGGGGGGGGACGCGCGGGGAGGCCCCGCCGGGGAGGCGCCGCGGCAGCGCACGGCCCGCAGCCGGCCCCGAGCCCGGCCCCGGCCCCGCGGCGGCGGCGGACCCCGAGCCCGAGCCCGGCCCCGAGCCCGGCCCCGGCCCGGCCCGGCCGCGGCCCCCUGAGGAGGCGGCGCCCCCCGGGGCGGCCCCGCUGCGCUUCGGGCUGCUGCCGGAGGAGCUGCACGGGCGGCUGCUGGAGCGGCGGGACUACCGCGGCCGCGCGCGGGCCGUGGAGGAGCUGAAGCGGCUGCUGGGGGCCGCCGAGCAGGGGGCGCUGGCCUCGGCGCCCGCCGGCAGCCUGCUGGGGCUGCUGGGCCUGCUGUGCGCGCUGCUGGACGACCCCAACUUCGGGGUGGUGCUGGGGGCGCUGGAGGCCGUCCACCUGCUGGCCCUGCGCCUGGCCGCCCGCCUGCCCGCCUUCCUGGCGCCCCUCGUGGCGGCGGCGGCCAAGGUGCUGGGGGACGCGAAGCUGCCGAUCCGCCGGGAGCACCGCCGCCUGCUCCUGCGCCUCAUGGAGGCCGCCGGGCCCCGGCCCGUGCUGGGGCUGCUGCUGCGGCAGGAGCACCUGCGGCACAGGAGCUCCAGGGUGCGCGAGGAGGUGGUGAACGUCUGCAUCGCGGCCCUGCUCACCUACCCCGGCGAGGAGCUGGACUUGGCCGAGCUGGCCUUCGGCCUGGCUCCGGCGCUGGUGGACAGCAAGCGCAGGGUCCGGCACGCCGCCCUGGAAGCCUUCGCGGCGCUGGCGGCGUCCGCGGGCCCCGGCAAAACCGCCCUUCUCUUCCGGGCCGUCGACGCGGUGGAACUGGAGGACGAUGGGGACGGGGUGAUGCACGCCGUGCAGGCGCGGCUGGCCAGAAAGGCCCUGCCGAGGCUGGCGGAGCAAGGCUUCGUGGAGUACGCCGUGCCCCUGCCUUCGGCCGGCCACGGCAGGGCCUCCAGCUUGCCGCAGGGAGCGGACACGGACUGGCUGUUGGCGGGCAGCAGGACUCGGAGCGCGCACAGUUACUGCGGGUACCUCGCGAGGGACGCCCCGCAAAGCUCCGGCUCGCCCGCUGACCAGGGAGUGAGUCCGAGAAGAGUCCUGAGCGCGGGUAAAGGGAAAAACAAACUGCCGUGGGAAAGCGAGCGCGCUGGAGACGAGGAGGGCGGCUCAGGAGGCGCGAUGCCCUCCACGAAGGGCGUGGAGCAGUUCUCUCCAUCCAAUGACUUUCUUCAUUCUCCAAAGUUAAGGCCCUCUCAAGGAAUGCCAGUCAGUGAGGAGUUAUUUUUUAGUAGAAAAAGGCCGCCGAGGAAUUUGUUUCAGAAUAGUAUAGAUUUUAACUCUGAGCAUUCUUCUGUUUGUGCUGGUGCUAUGGGCUCUCAUCAGCCGCAUAUUUCAGGGAAAUGUGGAACACUUGGAUGCACACAGACACAUGGGAAGAGUGGUAGUGUGGACUCUGAUUUACAGUUUUUAGGAUUAAAUAACUGUCAGCAAGACAAAGUCUGUGCCAGCCUAAAUUUUUCCAGCAAGACCCAGAGAAGUUUUUGCAAUCAAGUAGAACAUUCGUUGUCCUUCCAAGGUCCUAAUGCGAGCCAGGGGGCCUUCAUUCUGCCGUCCUACCCUCUGUCAUCACCCAGGACCAGCCCCAAGCACGUCUCCUCGCCAGCUGACUCUCCAAAAAAGUCACAAGAUAAUACCAUGAACUUCUCAAACUCCUGGCCUCUUAAAAGCUUUGAAGGACUGCCGAAGCCUAGUUCUCAGAAGCACCUUCGUAGUCAAAAGUCCGGAGACAAUACAGGGGACAAUUUGCAGGAGAAACACUCCUCUCUGCGGCUGAAGCCCACCUUGGUGAGACAUCCAGCUUCCCGGCGAGGCCUGAAUGGGACCAGACCCGUCCCCCCCAUACCGCGGCUCGCCAGCCCGCUGCCCGAUAAGAUUGAGUUAAGCGUGACAAAGUGGAAAAACGAAGAGUGUGAGGACGUGUGGGUGAACGAAGGGGGCAGGAAGCUUGCAGCUGAUCUUUCAGAGCUAACUCUUGAUGGCGAGGAAGUGGACCAAGAAGAGAUGCAAAGUUCACUUAGAUCUCUACGAAACAGCGCAGCUAAGAAGAGGGCAAAGCUAAGCAGCAACAUUUCAGAUCUUGAAAGUCCUGAUUCUGCUCUGAAACUUGACCUGUCUGGGGAUUCCCCUUCCCAUGCUUCCUCGCCAAGCGUGGGCUCCUAUAGCGAAAGCGGAGUUUACAGCCAGGAGUCUUUGACAUCUCCUAUAUCCACGGUUCCUCAGAGAAAGAGAAUAAUGUCAGACACCUUUCCACUGCUUGGCAGAAAAUCACAGCCUGCAAGAGUAUCUUCAGCAAGAAAUCGAGAUGCAAAUGUGGCAGAACAUAACUCAAGCACAGCAUUUGAUGAUAAAGGGACCUCUAAUGUUAGCGUAGUUGGCCAACGUCUGAACUGUGGCAAUGGAUGUGGAGAUUAUGAGGACAAGAAGCAAAAAGAAGCGUCACGAACUAUUUUUAAAAGUCAAAAUAUGGAACAACAAAGAAAUUUUAAGCAUUCAAAAGUUUUUGCAGGGUCAACAUCUGGUUUUCAACAGAUGAACAACCUAGAUUUCAUUUCGCCAAGUGUCUUGUCUGAAGAUGCAGUCGUAAUCGUUGGUAAAGGUGUUUUUGGAAGUCCUUCUUCUGCUCAAACACAUAGCCAGUCCAUAACAUGUGCAGAGAAUGGAGACGACCAAGCUGUCAAACAGGAGACUGAGCCAUCCUCAGGGAUCUGUAGGAGAAGCAUCCAGCAUAGCAGUGCUUCUCGUUUCCACGCUGAAAAUGAAAAAGAGAUAAAAGUGGCCUUGUCAAAAUCUGUCCAGGAUAAGAUGCGGCAGAAGAAAAAGGAAGGAAAAGAACAAAAUCACAAAGAACAUCAGGAAGUCAAAGACCUUGAAGAAAAGGAAGAAAAAUCUUGGGAAAGACUUAAACUAAAUGAACCAGAGAAAACGACAACAGAAAAGUUAAAUCUCUGCGGGGAUAUACUAGCAUCAUCAAGAAAUAUAUCGUUGUCAUUAGAAAAUGUUGCCUUGAAUCCUUCAUUAAAAAGAACAUCCAGUUUGAAGAAAACUAAAUGUUCAGCCUUGCUAGAUUCUGAUGAAAUUUCUCUUGGGCCACGAGGACGCUAUAAAGACCGGACCCCAUCAGUCACUCAUAGUCCAGAAAUAAUGGAUCCAUCAGAACUGCAGCCCUUUUCAAAACCAGAAACGGCACUGACAGAAGCCCUGGUACUUUUAGCUGAUGAUGACUGGGAGAAGAAGAUUGAAGGUCUGAACUUUGUUAGAUGUUUGUCUGCCUACCAUGCAGCUAUUCUGACUGUAAAGCUACAUGAAACAAGUCUGGCUGUGGCUCAAGAGGUCAAGAAUUUACGCUCAGGUGUUUCUCGAGCUGCUGUGGUCUGUUUAGGGGAUUUGUUCACCCACCUGAAAAAGAGCAUGGAUCAAGAACUAGAUAAUACAGUAAAAGUCCUUUUGCACAAAGCUGGUGAAUCCAACACAUUUAUAAGGGAAGAGGUAGACAAAGCACUGAAGGCUAUGGUUAAUAAUGUGACUCCAGCACGUGCACUUUGUUCUCUUAUAAAUGGAGGGCAAAGCCAUCUGCAUGCGGCGGUGAGGAGAUGCACAGCCCAGCACAUGUCGGAUAUUGUAGAACGUAUGGGACCGGAGUGGAUGCUGGCUGGAACCAAAGUUGUCACUGAUAGGAUUUUCCCUGCAAUAGCCAGGUUUGCACUGGAUAGUUCACAGCAAACAAGGUAUUAUGGUCGAAAGAUGCUUUUCAGUAUGAUGAAUCAUCCUGAUUUUGAUAAAACACUUGAAAAGUAUGUGCCAGCCAAGGAUUUGCCUUACAUUAAGGAAUUUGUUAGCAAUCUACGUCAAAAGGGUUUGGGGGAGAUGCCAUUAGACACACCCUCAGCAAAAGGAAGACGUUCUCAUACUAGUAUUGUUGGGCAUUCAAGGUCAUCAUCUACUUCCAGAGAUGCUCUCAGCGUCACUGACAGAGAGACUACAGAAGCCCGUGAAGUUACAAGAAAAGCAGCUCCUCGUAAUUCAAUAGAAAGUGAAGAGUAUGUUAAAGACAUUAUAGGUUUAUUGAAUGCAAAAGACUUCCGUGAUCGAAUAAAUGGAAUUAAUCAGCUGUUAUCAGAUACAGAGAACAAUCAAGACUUCGUUGUUGCAAACAUUGUGAAGAUCUUUGAUGCUUUCAAGCCUCGCUUACAUGACUCAAACAGUAAAGUAAAUCAGGUUGCUUUGGAGACAAUGUACAAGAUGAUUCCAUUGCUGAAAGACAAUUUAUCUCCGGUGAUCAACAUGUUAGUUCCUGCAAUGGUAGACAACAACCUAAACUCCAAAAAUCCAGGGAUUUAUGCAGCUGCCACAAAUGUUAUUCAGGCUCUAUGUCAACACUUAGACAACUAUUUGCUUCUCCAACCAUUCUGCACAAAAGCCCAGUUUCUGCAUGGAAAAGCAAAACAAGACAUCACAGAAAAGCUUGCUGAUCUCGUCGCGGAGCUGUACCCGCGGAAGCCCCACGCCGUGGAGCAGAAGGUUUUGGCCGUGCUCUGGCACCUCCUGGGCACGGCGACCAGCGGCGGCUCCGCGCCGGGGGCCGGGGGCAGCAUUCGGACGGCCACGGCCAAGCUGUCCAGGGCCCUGUUCGCACACAUGGGGCCCAGCCUGCUGGCGCACGCCGCCGCGCAGCCCCCGCACGUCAGGAGGAGCCUGGAGGAGUGCCUGGAGCUGGCGGCCUGAGGCGCCGGGACGCGGGACGGGACGGGACGGGACGGACCACGGCAGGGGACGGGCGGAGCGGCCCCGGGCUGCCCGCGCGGGGCCGGCGGCUUUGCCGCAGCGCGGGGCAGCGCGGGGCGGGCGGCAAUAAAGGCCCGUGGCGGACCUCA